AUGUUUGGCGCGCCAGCUCCUCAGCAACAGCAAGAAAUAAACAUUGCCCCGGCUGAACCUGAAGAAACGACCACAACAUCCACUACUACAACUACAACCACCACCACGACUACAACAACCACUACUACAACCACCACCACAACCACCACCACAACCACCACCACAACCACCACCACAACCACCACCACAACCACUACCACCACCACAACCACCACAACAACCACCACCACCACCACCACGACCACCACCACCACCACCACCACAACGACAACGACAACGACAACCACCACCACCACCACCACAACGACAACGACAACGACAACCACCACUACAACCACCACCACAACUACAACAACAACGACAACUACUACUACGACAACGACAACUACUACGACAACGACAACUACAACUACGACUACAACCACAUCAACAACAGAAGCCCAGAUCCUUGACCUCAAUAAUCUUUCCGAUCUCAACUCGGUUUUCAAUAACCUUGGACAAUUUGACUUGAAUGCACUUUUCGGUGGAAAUGCUCCAGUCGUUACUGAGGCACCCGUCAUUGUCACAACAACCUCCACUACUACCUCAACAACGACCUCAACCACCACAACUACAACUACAACGCCAGAGCCUAUCAGAAACAGAUUCAUGCGAAACGACAUUGAAUUCCUUGCCGAGCUCAAAUCAUCCGAGGACGCUUUCAAGCAAGAAGUUCAGCAGCGAAUGCAAUCUGGACCACUUGAUAUCAAGGGAAUGCAAGUCGCUGUUGAACCGCUACGACGACGAAGACGAGACGUCGAUCCUACUCACCGAGUUAAGAUUACUCUCAUCCAUUUAUUGACCGGUGACGUUCCAGAGCCAUCCGGCGAUGAAAUUGUUGGCCCACUUUUCGAAGGCCUCUUGUCUACCGCUAACGUCGACUACAAUACGAUGAAUGUCAAGACUAACCUCCGAGAUCAAGUUAUUACACUUGUCCCACCAACUACCACCACGACAACAACCACAACAACUACAACAACUACUACGACUACCACAACCACGACCACAACCACAACAACAGCAGAAGAAGUCGUCGACUUCUCUAACUUGGACAGUAUUCAAUCUGCCCUCGGCUCUCUCGGCACUCUCGACCUCACCUCAAUCUUUGGAUCAGCCCCAGCACCAAGCAAUAAUCGACCAAACAUCAUCGGAGGUGCUUCUGCUGUUGCAUCUGACCAGGUUGAUGAUGACUUACGAGAAAGCUCACAGUCCGUCGGUAAUCGACCAGGUGCUUCAGAAGACGAAGAAAUCAAAAACGCUGGUUUGCCAUUCAUUGCUCUCGCAGGAACCACUCUUGGAAGCGCAAGAUGGUGCCCACUUUGCCACAAUACCGAUAGUCUUGCAGCAUGUACCCAGGUUCAACUGUGUCCUAAGGGUGACUAUUGGGAUUGCUACGUUAAAUACGAGUUCACUUCAAGGAACGAAAUCUCCCGAUUUGACAAAUGCAAAGCCAACUGGGUAACAGCUUCUCAACUUCGAGCAGGAGCCGCAUUCGGCCGAAGCUUGAGAUCCGACAUGUCCUCAGUUUGUACCAACUGCUUUGCUUCAUAUGAGAGCGCAUCGAAACCUGCUGCAAGCGUUUUUACUGAUGUAAAUGGCAAACUUCAAAUGUAUGAUGAUCAGCAAAAUACAUUCAGUAUUGUUGAGUCAACAUGGGCUGGCCAGUUGGACUGGUGGAGGGCAACUACUGAUCAUACUGGCCUCGAAGAUCCUACAACCGGAAACGAAGUUUUCCAAGCCUAA